AUGGGUAAAAAGGGUAAGGCAUCGAGUAAAAGCCCACCUCCCGCCGAAACGGCUCCUGUAGGUAAGAAGAAAGGUAAGGGAAAGAAAGAAGAACUUUCUGAAGAUGAAAAGGCAAAGAGACAAGUCAACAGGACCAAAGUGACUUCGACGUCAAGCUGGACUGGUAAACUACCACAUACACUGCUGCAUGAGACGUGUCAGAGGAGGAAGUGGAAUAAAGUGGACUAUGAAAUGAAGAAAAUAGGCGACAAGGGAAUGUUAGCCAUAGCGGUUCUUUCCUGCACAGAUCCUAAGUCAAAGGAAGUUCUAACAGUUAGGAUGAAUGAUCCUACUUAUGAUAAAGUGAGUGGUAAGGGAGCACAAGUACCGCAGGAGACUCCAAUGGAAGCAAGACACUUGGCCGCUACAGUAGCAUUAUACAGAAUUUCAUACAAUACCAAUUUGCACAUGAUGCUACCACCAAAUCACAAGAAACUAUGGUACGACUUGGAUGAUUGUCGUAAGUCUUUGAUGAAGGAAAAUCCGUCAAAGGCUCAAAAGUUAUUCGAUAUAGAUCCAUUCAAGACACUUAUAGAGGAACAGAAGCAGAGAGAACAGAAAGCUAAGGAUCAUGAAGCAAAAAACAGACAGGCAGCUAAGGAGCAGACUACUACUGUGUUAACUUCUUUGGGUUCGAAGAGCGCUAAACCAGAGAAGGAUACCACGAAAAAGAAACCUCAAUCUUCUACUGUUGCUGCUGGCUCUGCGAAUAGAAAUACGAACAUAUCUUUCCCCAGAAAGGCCUGGGACAAUGCAGCGUUUGUGGAUUUCGAAGAAUCUCUUAGACAGAAGAUCGAAUCUUCUAUUAAACUACAUAUCAAUUGGAGUAACAAGAGAGUUAAGACUACAGAUGCAAAAUCUUCCAAUAGAGAUGCACUUAGGGAGAAAUUGCUAUCGUUACAAUUUAGACCACCGCAUGUGGAAGAAGCUCUAGUCUACAAAGAUCCUCUUUCUUUCCUUCUUUUCCACUUGCCAGAGGAUGAUCUGCCGCCCUAUUUCCACAAGAGAAAGGAGGACUCGAAGAAUAUGGUUGAGAUCUCAUCCAUGCCGUUGGAAGUAAGAAACAAGGUUGAUAGACUAGCUGAAAGUGGUAUCUCUAAGGAGGAGGCUGCAUUCGUCCUGGAGAGCUGUAACAUGGAUGAAAAUGAAGCAGCAGGAAAGUUAACCGCCAACAUUGUGCCACAACUAGAAUCAACUGUGGGGCCUCUUACUUCCGAGAAAGAAUCUUUAGAGACUUGGAAUCAAGAAUUAGAAGGUUUACAGAGCAUGUAUCCUGAAUCGGUACAAAUUCUAAAACCAGAUUCUUGUUAUACGGUCGACUUGAUAAAGGAUUUUAAGCUAAAGCUUAAGGUUUACAGAACUAGCCAUUAUCCAUCUGUUCUCCCUGGUGUCAUAGUCUCUACAUUUGAUAGAAAUUACAAAUUACCCAAUUAUAUCAAGCUAAAGAUUUUACAAAAUCUGAUGCAAUAUGUCGCGGAUUCGAACUUACUCGGCGACAUGCUAGUGUUCCACUUAUACCUGUGGUUGCAAGAUCAUUUGAAGGAAAUUAUCGAGAACCCAGGGCCCCUUCUUUCAGAAAGAGAGUUAUUGGCAUCUUCAAAUAGCAAAAAAGAAAGUUACGCAGAUUCCAAUGAGAAUUCCAAAAAGUUUGGCAAGAAGCGUACUCAGAAUUCUCUGAAUGAUCAAGAAAUUGCUGCACUCAAACGAGAAUAUUCACAGAGAAUUUCCACUUUACAAUAUAAAGCCAUGCUCGACACAAGAGCUAAUCUUCCUGCGUGGAAGAGGCAAAAGCUGAUUGUAGAUCUGGUCAAGAGCCAUGAUGUGACUUUGGUAACAGGUGAGACUGGUUCUGGUAAAUCUACUCAAGUGGUACAAUUCCUACUGGACACUUUACAAGCAGAAAAAAACGAUUUUGGUAAUACUAAAAUUAUUUGUACGCAACCCAGAAGAAUUUCUGCCAUUGGUUUGGCAGAACGUGUCUCUGACGAACGAUGUGUAAAAUGUGGUGAUGAAGUAGGUUAUGUGAUCAGAGGUGUAAACAAGGCAACUAACAAAACCAGGAUUAGAUUUAUGACUACUGGUGUGCUAGUUCGUAUUUUACAGACAGAUGCAUCUUUCUUAAAAGAUUCCAUAUUGGUCAUUGAUGAAGUCCACGAGAGAUCCGUAGACACUGAUUUAAUUGUGGUCCUUUUAAAGAAUUUAAUGGGUAGAAUUUCUGGGCUAAAGAUUGUCCUAAUGAGUGCUACAGUGAAUGUAGAUGUUUUCAAAGAAUUUUUCCAAGGUCUUGGUACUUGUCACAUUGAAGGUCGUACUUUCCCCAUUAAGGACUAUUAUUUAGAUGAUAUCUUAGAUAUGGUGGACUUUAAGAUCAGAUCAGAUAAAUUCCAAAGAUAUUUGGAUUACGAUGAGAAGGACAGGGAAGAGUACAUUAGGCCCACCGCAGACUCCAAGUUUUUUAGAUCUGGUCAAAUCAAUUAUGACCUGAUCUGUGAGGUAGUAAAACACGUAGACCAACAACUAGAUUCUCAGGCAAACGAUGGAUCUAUAAUUGUAUUUUUGCCAGGUGUUGCCGAAAUCAACAGGUGCUGUCGUAUGCUUGAACAGGACGAUGGUGGUAAUGGUUUGGUAGUUUUACCGCUACACUCUGCCUUGACUCCUGAGGAUCAGAAGAGGGUAUUUAAAAGCUAUGGCUCCAAACGUAAGGUAGUGGUUUCCACCAACAUUGCAGAAACGUCUAUCACUAUCAGUGACUGUGUUGCUACCAUCGAUACAGGUAGAGCUAAGACAAUGGUAUACAACCCUAAUGACAAUACAACAAGAUUGACAGAAACUUUUAUCUCUAAGGCCGAAGCAAAUCAACGUAGGGGUCGUGCUGGUAGAGUUCGUGAAGGUAUUUCUUAUAAGCUAUUCUCUAAAAGGUUAUACCAGGAGGAUAUGAUCCCCAUGCCCAUCCCAGAGAUUAAAAGGGUAUCUCUAGAAUCGCUAUACCUUUCUGUAAAAUCUAUGGGAAUCAAGGAUGUGAAGAAAUUUUUGGCCACUGGAUUAGACCCACCACCUUUGAAAACCCUUGAAAGAGCAAGUGCUAUGCUAACGACAGUUGGACUAUUGAAUGAAUACGACGAUUCUCUGACAGAACUCGGUAAAUUUAUCAGUAUGAUGCCGGUGAUGGACAGUAAGCAUGGUAAGUUAUUGAUUUACAGCAUUAUAUUUGGUGUAACAGACGUUGGUAUCUUAUUAGCAUCUAUCUUAAGCAUUGGUGCACCAUUUAUUAAUGACUUCAAUCUGAGAGACAAAAUCAAGGCACUAUUACAGAAAUACGAACCUAGAGGUGAUCUCUUAGCAAUGGCAGAAAUUCUUCGUCAAUAUUUGCAGCUACAAGGUGGUAGUGCCAAGAAUCAAUUCCUGAAGGAACACUGCCUGUCCUAUAACAAAGUGAGAGAUAUCAUGUCGUCUCGUACUCAGUUUUAUUCUAUUUUGAAGGAUGUUGGAUUCAUACCUUUUAAGGAGGACCAAAAAACAAAUGUAUAUUUGAACAGGAACAGUGGCAAUGUCGCCGUUCUCAAGGCAGUGCUUACAGGUGCAUUUUACCCACAUGUCGCAAGAGUUCAAUUGCCAGAUCCAAAAUACAUGACUACUAGUGUAGGUGCCAUCGAAAAAGAUCCUGAAGCCAAGGCCAUCAAGUAUUGGAUUAGAAACGAUGAGUAUAUCGAUGCAUUAAGGGAGGGUCCAACAGGGGAAAUACCACUACCGGCUAAGAGAGCUUUCAUCCAUCCAUCAUCAGUUCUAUUUACUUCUAAUGGCUCUAGCAACUCUCAAGAGGUAACAACGUUAGAUGAGGUGGAUGAAGCUUCCGUAAAGAAAUCUUUUACCUCAACAACAGUUUCCAAAUUUCCCUUCGUCAUUUUCAAUUCAUCUCAAGUGACUACCAAACUAUUUCUUCGAGAAAUCACUCCUACUUCGACGUUGUCAUUAUUACUAUUCGGUGGUCCUCUCAGCUAUGAAGUUAACGGUAGCCAGCAUUCUCCAGGAAUUGUAUUAGACCAGUGGCUACCCAUAAGGACCUGGUGUAAGAAUGGUGUACUCAUUAAAGAACUAAGAACGCUUUUAGAUCAAGCUAUAAGAGACAAGCUGGAAAAUCCCAAAUAUGGGGAUAAGGCACUUGAGAAUAAUGAUACAUCCAACACUGUUCUCAAAUUAGUGGAAAAAGUGAUUACGUUAGAAUAG